UGUUUGCUUUUAGUACCCACAGUGUAUACAAUGUGGAGACAGAACAAUGAAUAAAAAGAAGUCUUUUGAAGUAAACACUCAAGUGGGGAGAAACAGCAUGAUGGUCACCAUUUCAUUCUGAUUAUAAGCACAUCAACACAAAAUGAACAAGAUCAUUUCAGGUGCCUGUCCUCCGUGCCCCCAAAAUGCUGUUUGUGUCGAUGGCACAAACUGUACCUGCAACUCUGGAUACACCUCCCAAUCUGGGAAGAAAUUCUUCACAUACCCCUUGGAGAUAUGUCAAGAUACUGAUGAAUGUAAGCCUCCCAUUAGUGUAUAUUGUGGACUAAAUGCUGAAUGCCAGAAUGUUCCAGGAAGUUUCUACUGUCAGUGUGAUGCUGGAUAUAAACUCCUCUCUGGGAAUACACAGUUCAAGAAUUCCAAUGAGAACACUUGUCAGAAUAUCACCUCCUCAAGCACAACCAAAGGCAAUAAAGAGCUACAACGAGUUGUUGAAAAUUUCGAGUCACUUCUCGCCAACACGACUCUGUGGGAAUCAAGAGAGGAGAGAGAAGUUGCAUCCAAGGCCACAUCUGUUCUCCAGAUUAUGGAAUCCAAUGUUCUAAAAACUGCCUUGAAUGCCCCAGACCAAGAAAUCCAGAAACUUCAAAACAAUACUGUGGCUGUUGAAACUCGAGUUGUUACAGACAAUUGCUCCAAGGAAAGAAACAUCUUCAACUUGAACGCCCAAAUGAACUCACUGGACAUCCAUUGCAAUGACAUCAUCCAGGGAAACCUACAAGGUCCCAGUGCAGUUGUCUUUAUUUCAUACUCUUCUCUUGGAAAUAUCAUAAAUGCAACUUUUUUUGUCGAGAUGAAUGAGGAAGAUCGAGUUUACCUGAACUCCCAGGUAGUCAGCGCUGCUAUUGGACCCAAAAGGAACACAUCUCUCUCCAGGCCUGUGAUUCUGAGUUUUCAGCACCUGAAGAUGAAACCCCUGAGCAAGAAGGUCUUCUGUGUCUUCUGGAAGAGCACUGGGGAGGACAGCCACUGGUCCAGGGACGGCUGCUUCCUGGUACAGGUGAACAAGAGUCAUACCACAUGCAGAUGCACUCACUUGUCCAGUUUCGCUGUCCUCAUGGCCUUCACCAGCCAGGAAAAGGAUCCCGCCCUGGCUGUGAUCACCUACGUGGGGCUGAGCCUCUCUCUGCUGUGCCUCCUCCUGGCGGCCCUCACCUUCCUGCUGUGCAAAGCCAUCCAGAACACCAGCACCUCACUCCACCUGCAGCUCUCAGUCUGCCUCUUCCUGGCCCACCUGCUCUUCCUCACGGCCAUCGACAGAACUGAGAACAAGGUGCUGUGCGCCAUCAUCGCGGGCGCCUUACACUACCUCUACCUGGCCUCCUUCACCUGGAUGCUGCUGGAGGGCCUGCACCUCUUCCUCACCGCGCGCAACCUGACGGUGGUCAACUACUCCAGCAUGAGCAGAUUCAUGAAGUGGCUCAUGUUCCCGGUCGGCUAUGGAGUCCCAGCUGUAAUCGUGGCCAUUUCCGCAGCAUCCAGGCCUCACCUUUAUGGAACACCUGAACAUUGCUGGCUCCACCUGAAACAAGGAUUCAUCUGGGGUUUCCUUGGCCCCGUCUGUGUCAUUAUCUGCGUGAACUUAGUAUUUUUUAUCUUGGUCCUUUGGCUUUUGAAAAAGAAAUUCUCCUCCCUCAACAGUGAAGUGUCAACCAUCCAGAAUACAAGGAUGCUGACACUGAAAGCAGCAGCCCUGGUCCUCAUCCUUGGCUGCACGUGGUGUCUGGGCAUCUUGCAGGUGGGCCCAGCUCAGCGGGUCAUGGGCUACCUCUUCACCAUCAUCAAUAGCCUUCAGGGUGUCUUCAUUUUCCUGGUCUACUGCCUCCUCAGCCAGCAGGUUCGAAAGUGGUUUGGAAACAUCAUGAAACCUAAAUCUGAAUCUGAGACUUAUACACUUUCCAGCAGGUUUGGCCCUGACUCAAAACACAGUGCGGACAAGUGAAGAGAAAAUAUUAAAACUAGAACUUUCAACUUCACAUGGAAAGUCAUAUCCAUGGAUCUGGUUGGCAUUAUGAAGAAUGAAGCUGAGGACAAAAGGAAUCAUUAUACACAACAUCCCUAGAGAAGAAAUGUUUAACCUGUACUUCCUGAAGUGUUUGUUCUGCAUAAUGGGCUCUCGAUAAAUGAGUGUUGAGUUGGAUUUCUCUUAUUCAACCAAUGCUUGUCCCUGGUUACCCAAAUCAUGGCUGUUGCAAAUACUUCUUGUAAAUGAGGAGGUCCCUUUCAUGGCCUUGUCUCAAGUUAAACUUGUUCUUUAAACUCA